CGCUUCGCCGCCGUCAGCGAGGCCUACCGGGUGCUGGGCAGCGCUGCCCUGCGCCGCAAAUACGACCGCGGCCUCCUCAGCCCCGAGGACGUGCGCGCCGCCCCCCAGCCCUCGGGCCGCCCGCCCACACCUGCCCCACCGCCGCCUCGGGCCCCCGCCGCCGCCCGUCGUGGGCCCGUCCCGCCGCCUUUCGACUUCGACGCCUUCUACCGGGCGCACUACGGGGAGCAGCUGGAGCGGGAGCAGGUGCUGAGGGCACGGCGGGGGCAGCUUCGCCUCCGCCGGGAGGAGGCCGCGGCCCAGGGGCGUUUGCGGCUCGUCUCUGACCUCUCAGUCGGGCUCAUCUUCUUCCUGGGUUUUGCGAUCCUCUACGGCCUCAAGUGACAGCGGGGCCGGGCAGGCAUCGGUCACCGACCCAGCUCCAGUGCUGCAGGAGGAAGGAGUGUCACCAGCGGGCAUGGCAGCUGGCUGGGGGAUGUCCCUUGUGUCCACACAGUUGGUAGGCACCACGUGCAGGGUCUGCUCCUCAGACUGUGACAUUUCCCCUUUGCCAGUGUGACCUUCAGACACGGUAUGUGACCAGCAGCCAUCCACGUGCGAGCUCUGCUCCUUAGGCUGAGACAUGUCCCUUCUGCCAUUGUGACCUUCAGAGAUAGUGCCCAAGCAGCAGGCUCCAUGUGUGGGUUCUGCUCCAUGGGCUGUGACCUGACCCCUCUGCUGGCGUGACCUUCAGAAAUGGAGUGCAGCUGCAGACACGGUACAUGGCUGUGACUCGACCUCUGCAAGUGUGACCAGCAUGUGACCACUGGAUACCACAUGUGGGCUCUGCUCCACCGGCAGUGAUGUGCCCUUGGCACCAACUUGGCCAUGCAGACAUGGUGUGGGGGCUCAAAAGGAUGUGAUGUGUCCCCUCUGCGGAUACAGCCUGCAGGCAUGGUGCCAGACAGGUAAAUGUGCAGUUCAUGGACUCUGCUUUGUGGACUGUGAUGUGUCCCCUUCAUUGGCACUGCUGUUUGACCUUGGUGGGAACUACAUGCCUAUUCUAAGCCACAGCAAAGAUUAAACGGCUGUCAGUGGUG